AUGGCCGAUACACAGAGAUCUAUCAGAGUCGACGAUGGGUUUGAGGAUCCAGAUGCAAUAGAGCUUGUGGUGGAGGCGGAAUCUUCCCCGACUACUGUGGUUGAAGAGACUGUGAGCAGCUCUGAUGGAUCAGACCAAGAGCCAUCGACUGCCCGCUUCGUGAUCAUUCUAUUAGGUCUCUGGGUAAGCAACUCGACCAUGCUUGCCACAAUCAUUGAAGAUAUCUGUGAUGACUUUGAUGCCUUCGCAUCGUAUUCCUGGAUCGCUACCACCUACCCCAUCGGACUCUCCAUCUCACAGCCAUUCAGCGGACAACUGACCAACCUCGUUGGCCGGCGAUAUGGCCUCGUGAUUUGCCUCUCAGUCCUCGUCAUAGGACAGCUGCUAUGCGGACUGGCACCCCGACUGUCAGUCUUCUUGCUCGGCCGCAUCAUUCAAGGCCUCGGCGCAGGCUGCAUCGGCACCAUCACUGCAUUCGUCGAAACCGACCUCGUAUCGAUGAGAAAGCGGGCCCUGAUCGAAGGCAUCGGCAAUAUCACCUACGGCAUUACAUUGGCUCUCGGCGGCGUAUACGGGGGUGGCGUCGCCAACGCCAUCGGGUGGAAAUGGGCAUUUCGCAUCCAAGUACCCUUCAUCGUGCUGGACAUCGCAAUGGUUGCCUUCUUCCUCAACAUCCCUCAAGGCAAGAGCCGGCCUGUCAAGCGCCCAGUCGACUACAUCGGCAUGGCCUCUCUCCUCGUCAUCAUCAUCCUCUUCCAAUUCGGAAUGAACUCCGCCGGCUCGGUCUUCGCCUGGAACAGCUCCGCCGUGCUCGCGACCUUGAUCAUCGCCGGGAUAGGCUUCAUAACCUUCAUCUACUGGGAACUUUACCACGCCACGAAUCCACACAUCCCCGUCCGAGCCUUGCUUCAACGCACCGUGGCCGCCUCGCAGCUGAGCUCCUUCUUCUCCAACUUCGCCAACACCAGCAUCAUGUACUACGUCCCCGUUUAUCUAGAAGUCCUAGGCCAUUCUCCCGGCCAAAGCGGCCUUCGAUUCAUCCCUCUAGCUCUCUGCUUCGCGCUCGGCUCCUUCGCCGCCGGAUUCUUCGUCAAAGCUACCUCUAAAUACUACUUCAUCAAUUACCCCGUCCAGGCCUGCUCCGUGCUUGGCGCAGCCAUGCUUUGCACCAUGACCGAGUCCACUCCCUCCUGGGCCCCCUUCAUCUAUCUCGGUAUCUACGGUGCCGGAUCCGGUGGCGCCUACGUGACCAGACUGAUGGGUUUGCUCACUUCUACCGAUAAGCAACAUCUCCUCGUGGUGCAAUCUUGUUCUUUUACUGUGCGUAACACGGGCACUACUAUCGGCCAGACCAUCGCGGCUACUAUCUUUCAGAAUUUGUCGGUCGAGUCUCUUCAAUCGCUGUUCCGUGGGCAGCCCGGUUUGGCGGACCGCAUCUCGCGAAACUAUAAUAGUUUGGAUCUGCUGAGUGGUGUGGAGAAACAGGCUGCUAUUCAUAUUUAUCUUCGGGCGGCGCGGGGGGUGUUUUUUCUUUCUAUGGCGGCUUCGGUUGCUGCUGCGGUGUUGACUUUUGGGAUGCAGAAUAAUGAGUUGGUUGAUGAUCCGGAGGAGAAGAAAGAGAAGGGGGAGGGGAAGAGUGGUGAGUUGAAGUAAUUUGGGUACUUAGGCGGGUUACUCAUUGGUCAAGGGCUCUGAUUGAUGAUAUAUUUGGGGGAGACUGGCUUUAGAGAACUAUUUUUCUGCGAUGCAUGACUUGGGACGGUCUGGGUUGGGCUUUUUAAAGAAUUCUGGGAACUAAACUAUGGAACGGGGAGGAGGAACAGCUUAAUUUGGCAUCCAAGGU